GAUAACAACCAGCGAAAAGAGACUCAUUCUCCACACACCUCUCUGGCUCUCUAAUAUAAAUACGACAAAGAAUCCUUCUCCUUUGCGUCAAACAAAUCAACGCCUCCAAAAUAAUAUACUCUAAAAACUCGAGAAUAAUUAUGGAAUCUCCGGAGGAUAACAAUAACAACGUCCGGCAACCGCUGCUGGAUACUCCGGCGAAGAAAGCAGCCGACGAAGUGGAGAGAUUAUCCAUAGACGAUAUGUUACAGAGAUACUGCGGCGAGUUUGGUCAGUGGCAGAUGAAGCACUUCGUGCUGACGUGUCUUGCUUGGGCACUAGAGGCGUUUCACACCAUGGUGAUGAUAUUCGCCGAUCAAGAACCGAACUGGAGGUGCGUCGGGUCGGAUUGUCCGGUCGGAUCUUCGUAUUGCGACAUGGAUCCGGGUUCUUGGGAAUGGACAGAAGGCAAAGGAAGCUCCACGGUGUCGGAGUGGGGAUUGGUGUGCGGCGAGAAGUAUAAGAUCGGUCUUGUUCAAGCCCUCUUCUUCGCUGGUUGCAUGAUCGGUGCGGGAGUAUUCGGACACCUGUCGGACUCGAAGCUAGGAAGAAAAGGCUCACUAACAGUUGUCUGCAUCAUCAAUGCAAUAUUUGGUAUCGCGACAGCUUUCUCCCCAAACUACUGGGUCUACGUGGCUCUCAGAUUCUUAACCGGUUUCAGCACCGGUGGUGUCGGCCUAACCGCUUUCGUCCUAGCCACAGAACCGGUUGGACCAAGCAAACGCGGUGUAGCCGGAAUGUCGACGUUCUACUUCUUCUCCACCGGCAUUGCGCUCCUCUCCGGGAUAGCUUACGUCUUCAGGUCGUGGAGAGAGCUUUUUAUAGUAUCAUCGUUACCGUCUCUCUUUUUUCUCCUCAUCGUCAUCCCGUUUAUCUCCGAGUCCCCGAGGUGGUAUCUCGUUAGAGGCAAAGUAGACGAGGCUAUGGAGCUGAUGCAUACGAUAGCUAAAACGAACGGGCGUCACAUUCCAGCUGGUGUCACACUUUCUCUAGAUGACGAGGAAGAUAAGGAGGGCGAGAGGAAUAAUGUUGUCGAAGGAUCGCUUAAAGACGUUUUAAACUCGCCUCUAACGCGGAUACGACUUAUCUUAGCCAUUGCAAUAAGUUUCACUGUCUCGAUAGUAUACUACGGACUAAGCCUCAACGUAGGCAACCUCAAGACCAAUCUCUACCUCAACGUCUUCCUCAACGCCGUCACCGAGAUGCCAGCUUUCGCCAUCACAGCGGUUUUGUUAGACCGGUACGGGAGGAAACCGUUAACCAUAGGGACUCAGUGGUUCAGCUGCGUGUUCUGUAUAACCGGUUUCGUUGUAGGAGGCGUCGGUCCGUGGAAAACGGUUAGGAUGGUUUCAGGUGUUUUGGGGAUUUUUGGAAUGGCUGGAACGUACAAUCUUUUGUUUAUAUAUAUAGCGGAGCUGUUUCCUACGGUGGUGAGGAACGCCGCGUUGGGUUGCGCGACUCAAGCGGCUCAGAUGGGAGCGAUUCUUGCGCCGUUUGUGGUGGUUUUAGGAGAGGGUUUACCGUUUGGUGUGUUUGCGGUUUGUGGGUUAGUGGGAGGUGGGCUUGCGUUUUACUUGCCGGAGACGUUGAACAAGCCCAUGUAUGAUACAAUGUUUGGGAUGCAUGAAGCUGAGAGUAAUAGAGGAAGAGAUCAAGUGUGUUAAAAGAAGAAAAAGAUUUAGAUAUGGGAGACAUGGAGAUCUUAGGGGCAAAAAAGUAACGGGUUGUCUUGUUUGCAGUCUAACUUGUUUUGCUCUCUUCAUGUUUCAAGUGUUGUGAUUUUGCUUGCAAGUCUUUGGUUUUGAAUGGUGGAACGCUUUUACAAAAUUAAUGAUGAUUUUGUUACCCGGUUAA